CACUUAUGACCACACCUCACUGAGUUGCGUUAUAUGAGCUAAGAGCACUUCUCUUAAGAAUAUCAAACACUUUAUUAGGCAAGAGAGUUUGGAGUGUGUGUAGUGAGAAAUAUAUAUAUAAAGAGAUUUUCUCAAUCUUCUUAUAUAUUAUUAUUAACUCCUUCAAAUUUCAUUCAAGAGAUUUAUAUAACAUGGCUGCUCCUCACCACUACCUCAUCUUUGCAUUCGGUCUCUUAGGUAACAUCGUGUCGUUCAUGAUGUUCCUUGCUCCAAUCCCAACAUUUCACAAGAUUUAUAAGAAGAAAUCAGCAGAAGGAUUUCAAUCGCUACCAUACGUGAUUGCACUACUGAGCUCAAUGUUGUGGAUAUACUAUGCCUUGCUUAAGAAAGAUGCUUUGCUUCUCAUUACUAUUAACUCAUUUGGUUGUGUCAUUGAGACUAUUUACAUUGCCUUGUUCAUCUUUUAUGCUCCCAAGAAAUCUAGGAUUGAAACUGUGAAGCUUCUUAUGUUGUUGAAUGUUUUUGGUUAUGGGUUGAUGCUUGUGUUGACUACUUUCCUAGCCAAAGGUGAUAAACGUCUCCAAGCCGUUGGAUGGAUCUGUCUUGCUUUUAAUCUUGGUGUAUUUGCUGCACCUCUUUGUAUCAUGAGGCAAGUUAUUAAAACGAAGAGCGUUGAGUUCAUGCCAUUCCAGUUAUCAUUUUUCUUGACAUUAGGCGCAGUCAUGUGGUUCUUUUAUGGUCUUCUACUUAAGGACUAUAAUAUAGCUUUUCCAAAUGUAUUGGGGUUCUUUUUUGGCAUUGCUCAAAUGGCACUUUACAUUGUGUUCAAAAAUGCCAAAAAGAGUGUGAUAUUAGUAGUUGAGGAUCAACCAAACAAGCUUCAAGAAUUAUCUGAACAUGUUAUUGAUGUGGUCAAAAUCAGCACACUUGUUUGCCCAACUGAACUAAAUCAAGUAGUUCUACACCAAUUGACUACUUCGACCAAUAAUGAUAUUAAUCAAGCUCAAGGAAAUAAUAAUAAUGACAAAAUUGAAGAAAAUAAAGUCCAAGAAAAUAUUACUAUCAAUAAGGAAGUUGCUGUUGUGGUUGUUGGCUUAGCUAGCUCUAGCUAGCUUUUCUACUCAAGUUUGACCGAUUGAUAAUAUAUAUAUAUUGAAGGGAAUACUAUUAUAUAUC